AUGUCCGGAGAGGAGCACAGCAUGUCCGAAGCGGAGCUGAGCCCCGGAGGUUCGGACGACGCUCGCUCGCUUUCGCCCGGCCACGCCGGAGUGCCACCCGGGCACGACUCACCUCUGACCGGGCCUCCGCCUCAGCUGACUUCGCUGUGCGUGGCGGACGGCUCCGGGGAUGACAGGUCGACGGUUAAAUCGGAAGAUGACGACGAUCGUUUCCCCAUCGGCAUACGGGAAGCGGUGAGCCAGGUCCUGGACGGCUACGACUGGACCCUCGUGCCCAUGCCGGUGCGCGUGAACAACGGAAACAAAGCCAAGCCUCACGUCAAGCGGCCCAUGAACGCCUUCAUGGUGUGGGCUCAAGCGGCCCGGAGGAAGCUGGCCGACCAGUACCCCCACCUUCACAACGCCGAGCUCAGCAAGACCCUGGGCAAACUGUGGAGGCUGCUCAACGAGAGCGACAAGAGGCCAUUCAUCGAGGAAGCGGAGAGGCUGAGGAAACAGCACAAGAAGGACUACCCAGAGUACAAGUACCAGCCUCGGAGACGCAAGAACGGCAAACUCACGCCCGCUAAUGAGUCGGACAGCCCGGGCGAGGGCGAGGCCAGCCACUCCCAGUCGCACUACAAGAGCCUACAUCUGGAGCACAAUGGCGGAGCGGGGUCACCCCUGGGCGACCUGCACCACCACCACCAUCACCACCAUCACCACCACCCUGCGAGUCAGGGUCACAGCCCCCCAACUCCACCGACAACCCCAAAGACAGAGCUCCAGUCAGGCAAACUGUCAGACAGCAAGCGGGAGGGUGCAGCGGGAGGGGCUGGAGGAUCAGGGGGCUCAAGGGGAUCCCUCGGUGUAGGGGGUGAGGGGACCUCCGGUGGUCCUUCUUCGUCCGGUUCCAAGCCCCACAUCGAUUUCGGCACAAUGGACAUCGGCGAGAUAAGCAGUGAGGUCAUGUCCAACAUUGAGCCUUUCGACGUCAACGAGUUUGACCAGUACUUGCCCCCUAACGGCCACCCCCAAGGUGCAGCCGGAGCCCCCGCUGCGGGGACCUCUGCCUCGUCCUAUGCCUACGCCCUGGCUGCGGCCAGUGGUCACUCGGCCUGGCUCUCCAAGCAACAGCAGCAGCCUCAGGGCUCGCCCACGUCCUCCGACCACUCCAAGGCUCAGAUCAAAAGCGAGUCCGGAAGCCACUACGCCGAAGCUUCGUCGUCGCCUUCUUCGGGUGCGCAUGUCACCUACACCCCACUUAGCCUCCCUCACUACGGCUCUGCUUUCCCUUCGCUGGCCUCCAGAGCUCAGUUUGAAUAUGGAGACCACCAGGCCCCUGGGGCGUACUACACCCACUCCAGUCAAGCUCCCGGGCUGUACUCAGCCUUCUCCUACAUGGGCCCUACACAGAGGCCUCUGUACACCACCAUAGGCGACCCCGCCAGUGUGGCCCCCUCCCACAGUCCCACACACUGGGAGCAGCCUGUUUACACCACACUCACAAGACCCUGA